UUACAGGACGCGCUCAUUGGCUGUGACGUCAUGCAGCCGCAGCCGCAGCCGCAGCCGCAGCGCCCAGGCACGCAGUCAGUCAGUCAAGUGCGUGUCUCAGCAAAGAGCGGAGUGCAGUGGAGCAGCGGCGUCAUGUACUGCUUUGGGAGAACUUCGUGGGAGGACUUCGCUCUAACACCCAGACCAGUGACCAAUCAGGAGAACAUUUCCAAUCCGUUUUUCUCCCAGAAAAAGAUCGCCGGACUCGCGUGUCGAGACGGAGCAGUUGUGUUCGUUCAUGAGCACGGGAGCGGCGAGCUGUGGAUUGAGGAAGAUGCGGAGGGGCAGGCGAUACAAGGCAAACUGAUGGAAAUGAAAUUACCAAAAGACAACAAAAUCAAAGCUGUGGACUGUGGGAAAUCGAGCCUCUUAGUGCUUUCUGACACAGGAAAAUUGUACAAAUGGAUCGUUCCAAAAUACAGAAAUCUACCCAAGGCUGUCAACCCAAGGGUCAUGAAAGACCUGGAAGGCACCUACAUCAUUCAAGUGGCAUGCGGAGACGACCAUUGCCUGGCUUUGUCAAAAGAUGGCAGGGUGUUUGCCUGGGAUGACAAUCGGAUUCAUUCUGGAAGUGUCCUCCUUCAGUCUCUCUGUGGUGUGCCAGUGGCUCAGAUCGCAGCGGGUGGGAAUCACAGCUUUGUUCUCUCCGUGUCGGGCGCCGUAUACGGCUGGGGGAGAAACAAUGCUGGCCAGCUGGGACUUGGUGACACCAACGACCGAGUCACCCCAGUAUUAGUGACCUCCCUGGAGUUCAAAGGGGUGUCGUUCAUAUCUUGUGGCGACGAGCACACGGCUGUUCUAACAAAGCAUGGCUUGGUGUUCACGUUUGGAGCCGGAGACCGUGGGCAGCUUGGGCACAACUCUACUAGAAAUGAAGUGAGACCCCGGCUUGUCUCCGAACUCUGGGGACAGCCAGUGUCCCAGAUUGCCUGUGGACGCCGCCACACUCUGGCUCUGACGCACGCCACCGGGAAGCUGCACACUUUUGGAUGCGUCCACCAUAAGCAGCUGGGAAGGAGGACAGCCGGCAGUCAGAGCGUCCCAAUGCCAGUCAAACUGCCAUCAGAAAAGAGAUUUUCACUGAUGGUGGACAGAAUUUUUGCUGGAGGAGACCAGUCGUUCAUUCUUUGUCUGGAGAAAAAGGACGCUGAACCUUUAGAGACGUUUCGUACGCUCCAGCCAGGCAAGCGGAUUUCAAGAAUGGACCACAGCAUGUUGAAGAAAUGGACGGCCAAAAGCGAAGGCAAAUCACGGAAAGCCGUCAAAGUUGACAUCGAGCUCAUCUUCUCCUCUGCCGCUUGCGUCAAUGCCAGCUUUCUGAGCCGAGACCACCAUUUGAGAUCCUCCAUCGAGAGUCUGGGCUUGGACCUUCCUCGUGUGAGAGAGACCUUUAAAAUCUUAUCGGAAAAUAAUCUGCUGCUGCCGGUAAAAGCGGUGGUCCAACGGAGACUCCUACCUCAUCUGCCCACUAAGCCUGCCAGCACCGAAGUCCUGAGGGUCUACUUGAUUGUGACCGAGCUCAUUGAUGUACUUCGGAGAAAAAAGGACGACAUUGGCACCAUUACAGCCAUCAUGGCGGCUGCCAUCCUCAGGCAAAACUCUCGAUGUCCCCUGUCCCUGGAGUCCUUAUGGAGAAAAAUCCCCGCAGACGCCUUUGAGAAACUCGUACUUGUGUGUCGUGACGCCUCCAGCCAGCUGAUGUUCCUGCAGUCAGAAGGAUCCUCUGAGGCCCUGCAGAACACCUUAAGUGUCCUCCAGAAGCUAAGCAAUGCCAACUCUGCUACUGGAUGGCGAAUUCCAAAGACAACAUUUCACAUCGACAUCGGGAAGAGCGACCAGACGUUCCUUUUCGCUCAGUACCCCUGCAUCCUUGACAUGGACACUAAAUUGUUCCUGCUGCGGAUGCAGACCAAGACGAUGGCCAGUGACAUCUUUUUCAGAACCAACAAUCUGCUUGUCAACAGAGAGACCAUCCUGGCAGAUACCCUCCGGGUGCUGAAGCAGAACACAUUUCAGUAUCGGUCCCCACUGAAGGUCCAGUUUGCUGGAGAAAAUGGCAUCGACUUCGGAGGACUGAAGAGAGAAUUCUUCAAGGUGCUUGCCAGAGAGCUGUACGGGUCGGCAGACGGGAUGUUCCAGGUGGAUGACACUUCUGGGUUGCUCUGGUUCCGCCAGGAGGAAGGCAGUGAGCUUUAUCAUCUGAUUGGUCUCGUUUGUGGACUCGCCGUGUACAACGACUGCGUGGCGGACUUCCACUUUCCUUUGGCGCUGUACAAGAAACUGCUGGGCUUUGAGGUGACGCUGGAGGACCUCGAGGAGCUGAGUCCAACGGUGGGCCGGAGUCUCCAGGAAAUCCUCAACGAUGACUACAUAGACCUUCAAGAUAACGUCUUCAUAUGGGGGGACACAGAGCUUAUACCUGGAGGUGAAGACAUUUUAGUCACCAAACACAACAGACAGAAAUAUGUGGAUGCCUGUGUGGACCACCUGUUGAACAAGUCCAUCCAGAUGCAGUUCGAGGCGUUCAAGCACAGCUUUCAGAAGGCCUGCCCGAGCCCCAUGUGGGCUCUCUUUCUUCCUGAAGAACUCAAGUCGGUGCUCUGUGGAAGUACAAAGUUUGACUGGGAGCACUUUGAAAAGAUCACCCGAUACGAAGAGUAUGACUCAGAAGAUCCAACCAUCAGGAACUUCUGGACAAUGUUCCACCGAUUCACAGAGGAUCAGAAGACCACGUUUAUGGCUUUUUUAACGGGAAGCAACAGAAGGUCAGCAGGAAGCAGACAGAUGUGCCGAAUGACAAUACGGAAGAAUUGCUGCGUCAAUCCGGACGAGUACUACCCCGAGGCAAGCACCUGCUACCACGUCCUGACCCUUCCCGAUUACAGCAGUAAAACGCUUCUAGAGGAGAAAUUCCUACGUGCGCUCAAUUUUCAUGAAGGUUUCGGUAAGAACUGAAAAUGGGACGACAUGUCGGCGGAGUGAGGAAAAGGGCCAGUGAACACUCCAAUAUGGCACUGCGAGGAUAACUGGAAGCUGGCAAGAUCCCUUCUUCAGCCACACAGCACACUUUAUUUGAUGGCAGGGAGAGUGGACCCUAAUGGCUGCCCACCAGAACUUUAUUUGAGAGUAGACAGUGUGGCCAUCUAGAGAUCGCUGCCCGAAUUUGACUUCAUGGCAAGCAGCGUAGCAAUGUAGUUGUAACAAACCAAAUGUGCAGUGUGGCCCCCUAGUGGUCAAAAAUGAAAUUGUAUUUUCAUUUCACACACUGUCACCCUCUUUUGGUCACACACACAUUGUUUUAUUUCAUGGCAGGCAGGCGGUGUGGGUAUCUCAGUGGGUGUGGCAGACAUUGUGCCAACUUGAUGGCAGGCACCAUAGCUCCAUCGUGGUCACAAAUCAAAUUUGUGGUGUGCCCCCCCCACCUGGUUCCU